AUGCUUCAGCAUGAAUGGGUCGGCUCGACCGGAGUGAUAUCACAGCCUCAAAGCGAAACCGGCGUGAAACAACCACAGCGUUGUGUUUCGCCGUAUGCUAGAGUAUUUUGUAAUGACGACAACGCUGGACCUUGGGUUCCUCUGGGAUAUGCUUGCCAAAUAACGUGCAGUACCAUUCUAACAGCUAUUGAAAGACUAAAAGCAUUAGACUACGAAUACUUUGUAAAAGAUAUGCUUAAAAACAAAAUAAACGAAUCGAACGGCGACAUUUCCAACAUAGGCCAACCACAACAAGAUAAUAUUGUCAGACAAUCGCUUAAGAUCUCCUUACGCAACGACACAAGAAAAAAUUUAAAACUAUUCAACACCUACCAUAGACUACUAACAAACGAGAACUUCGCCGACGCAUUGGAAAAAGAGGCGGGAAAAAUGACAGCCCGUUUGACAGCCGAAUGUCAGAGUAAUGAAAUGGCUACGAAAAACGGUUACCGAAAAAAGUUUGUAAACGAAAAAUGUACGAGGAAAUUGAACAAGAGAAAGGAUAUUUUAGUGUAUUUUAAAACUUUCUUGAAUAACUACGCUGAUUCUAAGUACCAAUUUGAUGAGAAGAUGGCCGGGGCAAUACUAGAAACUGUAGACAUGGACGAAACACGCCGACUGAACCUGGACUUUACAAGUAUAAUACCGUAUUUGGAAAGAACUAGGAGAUACUAUCGAAUGAAGACUGACGCUCAACUAAUUAGCCUGCAAGCUACUGGUUGUCUGAGCAUUUAUUUACCUGGUUGCUUUUGUAAAGCUGGGUAUGUGGAAGACCAGGAGCAAUGCGUUAAACCAGAAACAUGCGCCCCGGACGAAAUGAACGAGGAGUACUUCCAAAGAAUUGUUUUAGAAUCGUUUUACCACAAGAUAGCAAGGUCUAAGAAAAAACCGGCGUGA